CUUUACCGAACCGGAGUCGUUGAAAGACGGGGGUACGUGGUCCAAGAUCUCCCUCUCCACCUGCUGCUGCAAUUCCCGCCUGUCUACUGUCACUCUUAGUGGUUUUAGUUCAGCCGCUGCGUUGGAGGUGGAGAAGAAAACAGCCCGCACAGCACAGCGACAGCGGCCAUUACACAGACGUCAUCCACAGGCGACGAGCUUGAGGAAAGGGGAGCUGCGGGUUAAAACUACAAUUAAAAUAAUCAAAAUAAUUUUUGAAUGAUAUAAUGGCUUGAAAAAUACUAUGAAAUAAUGAUGAUCAAAUGAAAUUAACAAAACAAAAUGUAAUGGAGAAAUACAAAUAGUAUAUUAACAAUAAGAUAAAAUACAACUUUUUAAACAUUGGUUCACAAAACGAGUUUUAGGAAAAUAUUUUUAAUGUUGUUUUUGUAUACUAUUAAUUUAAUUUUUGGUUCAUUUGUUGCUUUUAUAAGGGUCUGGAAAAUAGAAACUUUUUUCGUUAUCAAUUUUAGCCAGCAGAUAGCAGCAGUAAUUCAGGUAGGAAGGUUAUAUGUAAGUGAGCGCGUGCGCGUGUGUGAUGGAAGAGAGCGGGGGAAAAGAUGAAACUCUUUUAUAUCCAGUCAGACUGUGGCUACAGGGUACAUUUAAUAAACCGGCUGCAAUAAUGUUGAAGCUCUCUGGGCAGUUGUACACUAUUUAACCCAACUCACUUGACGCGAAAUAAAUUUAACGUAAUUUUUAUCAUUCGUUUUCUAGCCUCAAAUCUCUUGUUUUCCUACUGAAGCCUGGGGACUUUUCCCCCUGUAAAUUAAAGACAUUUGUCGUUGAAACCUCUGUCCUUAGAGACGCACUGAGAACGGCUGACUUUAAAAACCAACAUUAUCACUUCCUCCGACGCUUCUCCAAAAUAAAACCACCAAAAUGUUCAAAAGAGAUACAUUAGUAAAAAAUGAUAACACGUCAUUCAGUUCAAAUUUAAACGUAUCAUCAAUCAGUUUAUCUCUUUAUCUCAGUAUUAGUCCUACCACCAAAGUCCAUUGACGAAAUAGUGGAGUUUAGUUCACUGACACCCAACACUUGUAGAUCCACUGAUGUCUCCAUUAUUACAUUUAAAUGUUUUAUUUUGUGACCUCAUCGUUUAAAACUCUCUGUUCAGUUUACAUCAGUGACACAAAAUGACCACGGGAGGCAGCAGUGGGCCAUCCGCUGCUCUGCCCCUCUGAUCUAAAAUCCCGGUUUCUGUGAACGCUGGUGUGGGUGAGAGUGUGUGCAACUAUUAAUUAAAUUGAAUAAAUGUGACACUUUAUUUUGAAGGCGAGCCUGCUGCUUCCUGUCUACACGCGUGCAAGUUUGCCAGAACUCAGUUAGUCUGAGGGGGAUGCUGUGAUGUUCACACUUGCAGACAACAGGUAAAGAGCUGCUGACACACACACACACACACGCAUAUAAACAGACUUCAUCUGUGAACCCCAGAUUAUACAGGAUUACUGAGGAAAUUUUUUUUUUUUUAAAGCUGCAGGUAAAUUGUUCUUUAAAUCUCUUCUUAAUUAAAGUAGUUCAUCAUCAGUGUGUGUGGUUCGUGUGUCAUUUGCUGUCAUCAUGACGUCAUUUCAUGUCAUCAUUCCAUCAUUCAUUCACCUGACACAUAGAUCUGCAGAUUUGUUUUAAAAUCAGGUCACAGGAUGUGAUUGAUCUGUGCUGUGGUUGACUCCUGUGGCUCUGUCACCUCGAAACUUCCUGUUUCCAUCAUUUCACUGAUUUUCCAAAUUCUUUCACGUUGUUAAUUUUAAUUAUUAAAUCAAAAUUACUGAACACAGCAUUUAUCAACAGUACCAUCCUUGAGUGACAGGGGGCGCCAAUGUGUCAAUAAUGUAAAAUGGACAGAGUUCUUGGUUCGAUGCCCCGGUUUCCCAAUGAAAUCCUUUGUUCAGAUGUACCUCAGUGACACCGACCUGCCACAGGAGGCAGUAGUGGGCCAGCAGCUGCUGCUUUUUUUAGAACUCGUCACUGAUGGCAACAAUGUGAACAUUUCUAUUUGAACUGCAGAACAGACACAAGUCUUAAUCUGAACACGGGUCCAGUGGAGACCAGAGAUCAGGACCAGUCUGAUCAACGACCAGAGACAGGAACGGGAUUGGUUCACAUGUCAAUUAAUUAGAGGGAGGACAGGAGCAAUGAUGUGUGUGUGAGUGUGAGUGUGUGUGUGAGUGAGUCUGUCUGUCUGUGUGCACUUGUGUCGUGUCCUUGUGUUGCUAACAAUUAAAUUGGUUUUCUGCAGAAUGCGAGAGCUGAACAUAAACCAGGAAAAUCACUUCAUCCUUCAAUAACUUCAAAACUCUGUUUCAACAUUUCUGCUGUUUGAGACAUGACUUUAAUCACAAAGUCUCCUGCUGCUGAGGAGUUCAGGAGGGAACUCAACACACAGGGUUUAGAAACAGUCACAAAAAAACAUUUGAAUUCUGUGAUGGAGGUAAAUGUGGAUUAACAGCUGCCCUGGACUCUGCUCUGAGUUAGAAUCACUGAUGUUCUCACAGUGAGUGGAAAUCACAGAACACAAAGGUUCUGUUUUCUCCUUUUGUUCCACCUUGGUGGUUCUGCUGCGUUGGUGCUUCUCCAUCCAAACAGUAUUAAUCUUGUGAUUCCAGCAGGAACUGAGGGAGUUCCGGAGAGAUCCAGAGUUCUGCAGGUGCCUUUGACACUGACAGAUGAACGUUCCUGCGUUCUGUUCCUGCGUUGUCUCAUUAUUUCACCUUCUGGUCCAGGAGACUUGUCUUUUUCCAGAGUCUGUUUUGAACUAUCGUCUGCGAGCUAGCUGUAUUAUCUAUUUCCGGGCUAACGUUUAGCUUGUUUUCUGUUCUAAUCCUCUGACAUUCUUAGUCCCGGUGAUGGGCUGUGAACCUCCCCGACUCUGGUAAAACCUCAGAAGUUCUCAGCAGACAUGACCCAGAACCUGAGCUCCAGACUGGACAAGCCCACUAACAUGUCCCUGAGUCCAGUCCUGGACGUGUCCGAGUCCCUGGAGUACAAGACCGUGUCGGUGUUCCUGGUGCUGCUGGUGUGUGGCGUGGGGAUCGUUGGCAACAUCAUGGUGGUCCUGGUGGUUCUGACGGCCCGCCACAUGAGGACGCCCACCAACUGUUACCUGGUGAGCCUGGCUGUAGCCGACCUGACGGUGCUGGUGGCUGCCGGGCUGCCCAACGUGGCAGACAGUCUGACGGGGACCUGGGUGUUUGGCCACGCCGGGUGUCUGGGCAUCACCUACUUUCAGUAUCUGGGCAUCAACGUGUCGUCCUGCUCCAUCACCGCCUUCACCGUGGAGAGGUACAUCGCCAUCUGUCAUCCAAUGAGAGCUCAGACCAUGUGUACUGUGUCCCGCGCCAAACGUAUCAUAGCCGGAGUUUGGAUCGCCACCUGUGUCUACUGCAUGCUCUGGUUCUUCCUGGUUGAUAUUCAGGUUGGUGACGAUGGAAAUGUUCAGUGUGGCUACAGAGUGAAGCGCGACCUCUACCUGCCCAUCUACCUCACCGACUUCACCAUCUUCUACGUGGUUCCACUGCUCCUCGCCAUCGUGCUCUACGGCCUGAUCGCACGAAUACUCUACCUCAGCCCGGUGACUAACCAUUCGGACCACAGCGCCACCACUCUGCGGCGCAGCUGCAGGGAAACCUGCAACGUGGAAAAGGGAGGUCGGCAGGUUCGGCUCAAGUCGGCGCUGUCUUCCAGGAAACAGGUGACGAAGAUGCUGGCCAUGGUGGUGGUCCUCUUCGCUCUGCUCUGGAUGCCCUAUCGCACCCUGGUACUGAUCAACUCCUUCGUGUCCACGCCCUACCUGGACGCCUGGUUCCUGCUCUUCUGUCGGACCUGCAUCUAUGCCAACAGCGCCAUCAACCCUGUCAUCUACAACGCCAUGUCGCAGAGGUUUCGUUUUGCAUUCCGCAGCCUUUACCGCUGCCAGCCACCAGAGGGCAUGCAGAGGACGCUGUCCUCCAUCCAGACCAACAUCGGUACCAUCCGGGAUCCCAGAACCUGCCAGGUUGUUGAAAGCAAAGAAAAUGUUGACGCAGCAGAAGGAGGAGGAGGAGGAGGAAGAGGAGGAGGAAGAGGAGGAGGAGGAAGUAGUAGGAGUGUCCAGGAACAAACCACUGUGGAUGACAAACAGGAAGUGGGCGGUCCUGAUGAUGUCAGCGCUGGUUCUGGUCUUUGUGAAACCUCACUAGACAGUAACAGUGAUCUGGAUCAGCCCCCCCCCCCUCCCCCCCCCCCCCCCACCAACACUUUAACAAACGUCCAACAAACAGUUAGUGGAAAACUGGAGACGAUGUAAAACAAAAAAAGUUUGAAAAAAGUUGAUUAUUAAAAUAGAUUAAUAAAAUGAGCUGCAAUGCUGCCAUCUAGUGGCUUUCACUUUCAUAUACAACCGUUUUUCCCCAGAACUAUCAUUUGGCCAAACACAGGGAAUGCGUUACUGGGUUUUCAUUAUUGGAGGAAAAACCAAUAACAAUCCUUACAGAUAUUUUGCGAUAACAUUGGUCGGCCGAUAUUAUCGGACAUCAUUAGAUUAAACUUUGAUUAAUAAUUUGUUUGAUUCCCUUCACGAAAAAACCCCAGCAUUGAUUGAUUGGAUUUAUUUGUUAGUCGUUUCAGUUCUGAAAUUGUUGUUCAAAUAUUUUCAGUCUGAAUAAUGAGAAGGGACAGUGUAAAUACAUUCAUUUCUUUAAUUUCAUUUCAUUUGAGUUCAUUUGUGAACUCCUCAGUGGCCUGAGCUCAUGGUUCACAAAGUGGAGAGUGGGGACCUAUGAAAGGGCGCCACAGCCUGGCAAAUGUUGGUAUUUCUGUAUUUGUGCCAAAGUGGUGACGUUGCACCGAUCUGUAAUGUUUUUGGAGUUGAAGUUCAAUCCUCCCCCUCACUCACCCACUCCCUCACCUCCAUCCUCUCCUCUCGCCUGACUCCUCCCUGAGCUCCGUCCCUGGCCGUGACAGUGAAGAGGCCUCUUCACCUCCUCUUCACCUCCUCUUCACCUCCUCUUUACCUCCUCUCUGUUUUCUCAUGAUAAUCACGGACACAUUUAAAUUGUAAAUCUGAGUCUGUUUGGAAAAACAAAAAGUUUGUCAGUGAAUAAAUACAAACG